AUGGUCCAAGUCACCCAGCUCAAGGUGGCCGUCCUCGACGAUUACCAGGGUACCUCGGAACCCCACUUCAACAAGCUGGACAAGUCGCUCUUCAAUGUCACCACCUUCAAGGACACCCUGCUGCCCUACAACCACUCCGAGACCCCUGAGUAUGCCAAGGAUGCCUUGGUCUCGAGGCUAGAGCCCUUCGAUGUCAUUUGUAACUACACCCCGUCCCUCGCCUUCAGCCCUGCUGCAACGGGUCACGCUCUCGGCGAGCAUCACCCCGGCGCCAGUCAGCGUUCAGGGGCACAAGGCACCAUGAGGGAACGCACCCCAUUCCCCCGAGGCCUCAUCGAGAGGCUGCCGAACCUCAAGCUCCUCCUCUCCACCGGCCUGCGGAACAACAGCCUCGACCUCCCCGCCUUCAAGGAGCGCGGCAUCCCCGUCGCGGGCACCGCGGACAAUUCGACGGGCAAGCAGGUCGGCACGAACAGCACGACCGAGCACUGCGUCACGCUCAUCCUCUCGCUGGCGCGCAACAUCGCCGCCGACGACCUCGCCGUCAAGUCGGGCCUCUGGCAGACCGGCCUGGCCGUCGGCCUGACGGGCAAGACGUUCGGCGUCCUCGGGCUCGGCCGCCUCGGCGUGUCGACGGCCAAGAUCAUGAACCUGGCCUUCGGCAUGCGCAUCGUCGCCUGGAGCCCGAACCUCACCCAGGAGGCCGCCGACGAAAAGGCAAAGGCCGAGGGUCUGCCUGUCGAGGGGCCCGACGGCGACAAGACGUUCAAGGUCGUGAGCCGCGAGGAGCUCUUCGCCGCCGCCGACGUCCUGAGCGUCCACGUCGUGCUGUCCGACCGCUCUCGCGGCAUGAUCACGGCCGACGACCUCUCCAGGAUGAAGAGGUCGGCGCUCUUCGUCAACACGUCCCGCGGACCGCUGGUCGUGGAGAGGGACCUGCUGGACCUGCUGAAGAAGGGCGGCAUCCGGGGCUGCGCCCUGGACGUCUUCGACCUCGAGCCGUUGCCUCUGGACAGCGAGUGGCGGACCGUCAGUUGGGGGCAGGACGGACGCAGCAGGGUGCUGCUGACGCCUCACAUGGGGUACGUCGAGGAGAAGACGCUGAACUCUUGGUAUGAACAGCAGGCGGACAAUAUCAAGCGGUGGCAGUCGGGUGACGUUCUUGUCAACGUCCUUGCGUGA